CCGGCUUCCUAGACUGCGUGGCCGAGCACCGGGUCCUCAGCGCACRAGGGCUCUGGUUCCCACACCACUCCCAGCCAGGGUCUGUCAGACGCGUUGGGAUUACCAGGCGGGCCACAGCCGCGGUCUGUGAAGGCGGGCGGCGCCAGGAUUCUGCGUCAACCUGGGCGGGGCCUCCUCUCACUGACGCCAUCAACCCGGUACCUGCCAACAUGGAAGGUGGCGACAGCGGCGCCACUAUGGCUGGCUUUGGGGCUCUGGGUUCUGGAGCGGCUGCAGCGACAGUGCGGGAGCUUUUGCAGGACGAGUGUUAUAGUGACUUUUUAAAUGAAGAUUUUGAUGUGAAGACUUAUACUUCCCAAUCUAUUCAUCAAGCUGUAAUUGCUGAACAACUAGCAAAACUUGCCCAAGGGAUCAGUCAGUUGGAUAAAGAACUACACCUACAGGUUGUUGCAAGACAUGAAGAUUUACUGGCACAAGCAACAGGGAUUGAGUCUUUGGAAGGUGUUCUUCAGAUGAUGCAGACAAGAAUUGGGGCUUUACAAGGAGCUGUGGAUAGGAUGAAAGCAAAAAUUGUGGAGCCAUACAAUAAAAUAGUAGCCCGCACAGCACAAUUAGCAAGGCUUCAGGUUGCCUGUGAUUUGCUUCGGCGAAUUAUUCGCAUCUUGUAUCUCAGUAAGAGACUCCAAGGACAACUGCAAGGGGGAAGUAGAGAGAUAACAAAAGCUGCUCAGAGUCUCAAUGAACUUGAUUAUCUUUCUCAAGGAAUAGAUCUUUCUGGAAUAGAAGUAAUAGAAAAUGAUCUACUUUUUAUUGCAAGAGCUCGACUUGAAGUGGAAAAUCAAGCUAAGCGCCUGCUAGAGCAGGGUGUAGAGACUCAGAAUCCAACUCAAGUUGGAACAGCUCUUCAGGUUUUCCAUAAUCUUGGGACUUUGAAGGAUACUAUUACCAGUGUUGUGGAUGGAUAUUGUGCUGCUUUGGAAGAAAAUAUCAACAGUGCAUUAGACAUCAAAGUUUUGACUCAGCCUUCACAGUCAGCUGUGAGAGGAGGUCCUGGACGAUCUACCAUGCCAACCCCAGGAAAUACUGCAGCUUUUCGUGCUUCGCUCUGGACCAAUAUGGAGAAACUUAUGGAUCAUAUCUGUGCUAUAUGUGUACAGGUGCAGCAUCUACAAAAAGUAUUAACUAAGAAGAGGGAUCCUGUUUCACACAUUUGUUUCAUUGAAGAAAUAGUCAAGGAUGGGCAACCUGAAAUUUUGUAUACAUUCUGGAAUUCAGUUACUCAGAAACUUUCUUCUCAGUUUCAUACAGCAACAAAUUCUUCCAUGUUUUUGAAACAAGCCUUCGAAGGAGAAUAUCCCAAAUUAUUAUGUCUUUAUAAUGACUUAUGGAAGCGUCUUCAACAAUACAGUCCAAACAUCCAAGGAAAUUUUAAUGCAAGUGGAACUCCAGACCUUUAUGUUGACCUACAACAUAUGGAAGAUGAUACACAGGAUAUAUUCAUACCAAAAAAGUCAGACUAUGAUCCAGAAAAGGCUUUGAAAGACUCACUACAACCCUAUGAGGCUGCUUAUCUCUCAAAAUCCUUAUCUCGACUCUUUGAUCCUAUCAACUUGGUUUUUCCUCCGAGUGGGCGUAAUCCACCUUCCUCUGAUGAACUUGAUGGUAUCAUUAAAACUAUAGCAAGUGAACUAAAUGUUGCUGCUGUUGAUGCAAACCUCACAUUAGCUGUGGCAAAAAAUGUGGCAAAGACCAUUCAGUUAUAUGGUGUAAAAUCAGAGCAGCUUCUCUCUACUCAAGGAGAUGCAAGUCAAGUGAUUGGACCUCUUACUGAAGGUCAGAAAAGAAAUGUGGCAGUGGUGAAUUCACUGUAUAAGUUGCACCAAUCUGUAACAAAGGUGGUUUCCAGUCAGAACUCAUUCCCCGAUGUAGCUGAGCAAACUAUAAUGUCAGCCUUAAAGACAAUUCAUGCUCUUAUGGGGAAUGCAGUGCAGCCUUUACUGACUUCAGUGGGAGAUGCAAUAGAGGCCAUAAUCAUCACCAUGCAUCAAGAAGAUUUUUCUGGGUCAUUAUCCAGCUCAGGAAAACCUGAUGUUCCUUGUUCUUUGUACAUGAAGGAACUACAAGGUUUCAUUACUAGAGUUAUGAGUGAUUACUUUAAACACUUUGAUUGCUUGGAGUUUGUCUUUGACAACACUGAAGCUAUUGCCCAAAGAGCGAUUGAACUGUUUAUCCGCAAUGCCAGUCUCAUAAGACCUCUUGGUGAAGGUGGGAAAAUGCGACUUGCUGCUGAUUUUGCACAGAUGGAGUUGGCCGUGGGUCCAUUUUGCAGACGAGUAUCUGAUUUAGGGAAGUCCUAUCGAAUGCUGAGAUCAUUCAGACCAUUGCUCUUCCAGACAAGUGAACAUGUAGCUAAUAGUCCUGCACUGGGGGACAUCAUUCCGUUCAGCAUCAUUAUUCAGUUUUUGUUCACAAGAGCACCUGCUGAGCUGAAAUCUCCUUUCCAGAGGGCAGAAUGGUCCCAUGCACGCUUCUCCCAGUGGCUGGAUGACCAUCCAUCUGAAAAGGACAGACUUCUCCUCAUCAGGGGAGCCCUGGAAGCUUAUGUUCAAUCAGUGAGAAGUAGAGAAGGCAAAGAAUUUGCACCAGUGUAUCCCAUAAUGGUUCAGCUGCUUCAGAAAGCUAUGUCUGCUCAAUAAUAAUGUGAAACCUUCGUUAAUCUACAUACUGCACUAACCCAAAAUAUGCAGUUACUGUGCACUAUUGUUGAAGAUUGUAAAUGAUCUUGUCCCAUUUCUGUUUAACAUUUUGACUUUAGAUGUCAAACUAGGAUCUUCAGCACAACCUCAUGGACCUGACUUUUCCAGAAAUAAUCCAACUUUUUUCCUUCUGAUUUCAGAUUUUUGUAAUAGACUAGCUGAAGUUUCUUUCCCAUUACAUUCCCCUAUGGUUACAGUCUUUACUGUUUUUAAAGGGAUAUGAUCAAGUGAUAAUACUAGGUACUCUGCUUCCCCCAACCUGCCUGCUUCUGCAUUAAGUGUGUAGGCCAGUGGUUCCCAAAUAGGACUGCAUAUUCACAUCGUCAGGGAAAUUUUUUAAAUCAUGAGGCCUAAGUUUCACCCUAGUUGAUACAUUUUGGAGUGGUGGAAACUAGGCAUCAAUAUUUCUAAAAGCAUGUCCCUAAAGUGAUUCUAAUGUGCAGCAAAGUUUGUUAACCAGUGGCACAUCCCAAAGCUCAGACCACUAAAUGUUCUCUAAAUGUCAAACUAUAAUAAAGCAAGGUUUUCUUUAUACUUUGUCAUUUUAUUGAAAGCAGACAUUGGUGGUUCAACCUUGUAACAAAGAUGACAAGUUAAAAAUAAAUUUUCUUCUACCAGAGUCUCUAUAAAGUCCUUAUUUGUCUAUUGCUCUUGCCCCAUUAAUUUUAAAAAUGCGUCAAUACCCUCAUAAUUAUAGUCUGUUUUCCAUCUCCUGAUCAUGUUAUUUUGACAAUUCAUAUAUAAAAUUUAGUCCAGAUCAAUCAGAAGUCAGAGAUAAACUUUUUUUUCAUUUUAUUUGAAAUAAUAUACAAGAAUAUAGUGUGCAAAAUUGAGGGGCAACAUCAUGAAGAAGUGUAAAUGAACUGAAAUCAAUUUUACAGUUGUGAUUCCUAACCAGAAACACCACUUGGUAAGUAACAUGAAAAGCCAUGAUUGUAGCUCAGAGCAAAAGCAGCUGUAUUGCCAAUGUAUUUGCUCUAAUUUUAGACAGUUGGAGGAAAAGUAAAGUGCAAGUGUUGCACUGCAAUAAGUGCAAAGUCUGCCCCCACCAUAAAGA